AUGGAAUGUUUCCUCGAAAUCACCUCACUUUUCCAUGGAAGUUUUCGACUUGCCAACCAGCAACAACCACACUGGAACUACCUCGGAGAACCUCAAGCCAGAACCCAAUGCUCAGAUCUCGACCAAACGCACACGGUGAGGCCAAAAGAGCACAGCGCGGCAACCAGCAUGAAAAUGAGCAGUCACCUGAGAUCACAACUCCUGCUGAGCCGCAUCCUAUCCCUCCCGUGGAAACCUCCGUCCCACGCGGCGGUUACGUCAGGCCAAAGAGGAGAGCUUCCCCUCGCACGUGCUCGCCGGGCAUACCUGACCGCCAGCUACCUAUGGGCAAACGACUUGAUACUAUCGGCCGGGAUGCAUGAGAAUCUCCGGGGGAAGGGCUCGGGCUCAUGGUUACACGCGGCUGUGACAUCCUCUAACGGAAAUAAAGUGAUGAGAAGAUCAGCUCCCUGGAUCGGCGACCAACCUGGAUCACCUCAGGGUACUCAGCUACGAGCUCCUACCCUUUUCUGGGACAAAGCGACAGACUCGGCCGUUUCAUCAACAUCAAUCCCGCGAUCACCACCCAUGAGGAAGGGCUCGGUAUCACUCCCAAAACAGACCAUCAAACAUCUGGAACUUCUCCACGGUGGGCACAUGACUCUAUUCAGAGCAGCUGUGCCUCACUCCGUUAUUCUGUUGUCCCGUUUCUAG